AUGGGAAACGAUGUGUACAGAACUUCAACCAGCCUUCCCGCCCGCCGAUCCAUAAUAUUUUAGAGGGAGAUUUAACUCAAUCAAGAAGUCAUACCUAUAUAUGGUCGAUCGCUUCUUUUCAUGUCAACCGGAUAAAGUAAGAGAGGCCCAGUUAUAUCUGUUUAGGCUGAGAAAGAUAGAAGUGUGAAAUCAUUUAACUGCGCCUAAGCUGUCACUGUAUGGAAACUUCGGAGAAGAAUUGAGCGCGUAUGUAGACAUCUUACCAAUAAUAUCUUUCUACAUACGACUCCUUAUAAUGUCGGGAAAAAGAAUCGAAACUUCAGCAACCCUCUUCCAUCCCCUCCUCUGAUGUCUAAGCGUCUGGCUAAUCUCUUCGCUCCACCCUCGAAAGAGGAGAUCAAUGCUUGUUGGGACCUUUGCCGGCUGAACAACCAUAUGGGCUGUUGGACAACUUGGAUACCAACGGCUUGGGCCCUCGCAAUGGUUUAUCACGCUCAGCCUGAGAUACCAGGAAGUGUAGCGUUACUUUGGGCUGCGAAGUAUCUGGUGCUGUGUUCUGGAAUAAAGUCGCUCAUCAUGGCGAUCGAUGAUAUUUUAGAUCAUGACAUUGACGCUAUGGUGUCCCGCACGAAAGGCCGUGCCAUUCCUCGAGGCUCGAUAUCUCUGGAACGUGCGUGGAUGUUCUUCGGGAUUCAGGUAGUGCUCGGAGUGUAUCUUGCCCAAGCCCUUUUGGAUCCUGUCUCAUGCCGUUUUGCUGCUGCCGCUGCACCCUUGUGUUAACAUUAUCCGAUCCUCAAGGCUACAUACCCGUACAUGAACAUAUCGCUCCGCUCUCGUUUUACGUUACUUCGCAUCUUACUAUUUGCUCGCUUACAUACCGACACAUCUCAGUGCUUUACUACCACUGAGAUGUGAGUACACUCAUUAUAACAUUCCUUUUAUACUCAUUUUAUUGACUCUCUUUUAGUAUAGUAUUAACUAUCCUAUCUAGGUAUAUCAGUGCUUUACUACCACUGAGAUUAUAGUAUUAACUAUCCUAUCUAGCUUCGUUGUCCGUCGUUUGCACCUUCA